AUGGGCGUACCGCGAGUCAGUAGCACCGUGCCAGCCGAGCUCGAGCUCGAGCGAGCGGCGAGACCCCACCUGUUGAUUGUCGACGAUUCGAGAGAGUCGCGCGCUAGCGAAGCAGUGUGGCCUCCAGAAGGGCUAGAAGCAGUGACAAGUGUUCGAGGAAGCUCGGUGGACUACGCAGCAGCGUUGAUGCUGGCAGCGAUGGCCGCCGUGCUUCUCGCUGCCGUUGGCUACCAAUGUGCUGCUACGUGGCGUUGGAUAAUGGGCAGGACACGUCGUGACUCAGAAGACAGCAACUGCGACUCACUGUCCCGCCAAGCAGCGAUCCGCAUCAGCCACUCCCUACCUGAUCUGCAAACUGAACCUCUGAAGCAGGAGUAUGUUCAGGAACAUAAGGACGCUGGGAAAAAGGUUCUCCGACAAACGACUUUACCGAUAGUUCCCGACCGUCACCAGACCUUCCAGCGGCAACUGUCCCACCGCCUGGACUUGCCCUCAAUUCAGUUCAGCAUUUGCAGCCUGGAGCGCGCUGACUCUUCGAUUGGACUCAUCAAGCCUGAACUCUACAAGAGCGAACUGGUGCGUCAGUCAUCAACUGACAGCGGCGAUUUGGAAUUCUGCGGAAAACUGCACUUUGCCUUGAAGUACGAUCAAGAAGUCGAGGCGCUUGUUGUAAAGAUAUUCGAAGCCCGUGAUUUGCCUAUUAAAGACGUAUCCGGCAGCAGCGAUCCUUACAUCAAGGUGUUCCUUCUACCGGAUCGCAAGAAGAAGUUUCAGACAAAGGUGCAUCGCAAGAAUCUCAACCCAGUGUUCAAUGAGACUUUCCUGUUUAGCGUCCCUUACGAAGAGCUUCGCCAACGAUACCUGCAGUUCUCGGUAUACGACUUCGACCGCUUCAGCCGACACGACCUGAUAGGCCACGUGGUGUUAAAGGGCCUCCUGGAAUCCGCUGAUCUUCACCAGGAAAUCGAGUACACUAUGAACAUACUUGCUCCACCACAGGAGAAGAAAGAUCUUGGAGAGUUGAUGCUGUCGCUCUGUUACCUGCCCACUGCUGGGCGACUUACUGUGACGGUUAUAAAGGGAAGGAAUCUCAAAGCAAUGGAUAUUAAUGGAUCUUCAGACCCCUACGUGAAAAUCUGCCUUAUCUGCCAAGGCAAACGAAUAAAGAAGAAGAAGACGACGGUCAAGAAGAAUACGCUAAGCCCGGUCUAUAACGAAGCACUGGUCUUCGAUUUGCCAGCAGAAAACGUCUAUGACGUCACGCUUCUAGUCAAGGUCAUCGAUUACGAUCUGAUUGGUCCAAACGAGCUCAUCGGAUGCACAGCAAUAGGAUCCACGCUGAUAGGCAUCGGUCGCGACCACUGGCUGGAAAUGCUGGACAAUGCCCGGAAACCCGUCGCCCAGUGGUACCCGCUCAACAAGUGCCCACCCACCAACGUCAACGUCAAUAAGACCAAUGAGCAGCAGAACACCCCGUUGAAUUGCUUGAAUUCAAGAUGAAGGAACUAACAUCGCAAGAUAAAGAUUAUAAACAUCUUCACGUAACCGAAUAGCAUCCAACAAGGUUUAUGUUUAGAAGAAUCUGCUGGAUAUUCUCAAGAUGCCAAAGAUUUAGCGGUAGGUUAAUGUGAUUAGGGGUUAAUGGUUGUAUGUCCAUUUACUGUAGAGGAGAUAUUAAAAUGAAUAUUAAGUGAUAUCGCAUCGUAGUGGAUGUAUUUAUUAACAUUAGUAUUUGUUGGAGUAGUGACAAGAAUUAAACCUCUUAUAUUUCUGUUUACGACUGCCCUCUUAUAAACUUGCUUGCUACCAAAUCUAAUGAAGAAUUGUACCUUAUUAUUGAUUGUGAAAUAUGAUGUCUAAGCGAGGAAAACUAAUACCUGUAAACGUGUUUCUAGAUUCGGAUUAUUAAACUUUAAUAUAACACGACACAUGUAUACCUGUAUAAUUUAAAGUAGUAGUAGUAGUGAUUGUAUUCAAUGGAGAAUUAAGUAUUAGAUAAAAAAA